AUUCUUCCCAGUCUUCUUCUCCACUUUCAGUUUGCUUCCAUUUGUUGUUUCCGUUGAUCGACAGAUAGAGAAUGUCUUCGUCCCAUCAAAACCCUGUUUUCUUCUUCUUCCUCCUCUUCUUCUGUGCCGCUACAAGAGCUUCUGGAUGCAACCAGACGUGCGGCUCCGCUACUGUCUCCUACCCCUUCGGCUUCUCCGAUGGAUGCGGAAUCCGGCUGAACUGCUCCGCCGCCGGGGAGAUGCAACUCAGCGGACACCGGAUCAGGGUCAUCACACAUGAAACCAUCAUCUUGGACGUGCAGCCGGUCUGCGACCGAUCCAUCCUGGCUGCCGAAGGGCUCUUCCGGAGCCACUACGCCAUGACGUCGAGCAACACGCUGUUCCUGCGGAACUGCAGCUCGCAGAGGGACUUCGGGUGCAUCAUCUCCACCGAGAAAAUGUCCCGGCGUCUCAACGUGACAAGUUGCGGGCUGCAGGGCGACAACACCAUCUGCUACUCCAGCAGGAAAACGGGCGGGUUCCUCUCCUGGGAGGAGUUUACGGAGGCCACCGCCGGGUGCGCGUUCAUGUUCGCGUCGGCGAGGUACGGGGGGGCCACCUUCAGCAAGCCGUCGCUCGUGUUCGGAGAGGCCGAGACCGGGUGGUGGCUCAACGGAGAGUGCCGAUGCGCGACAAACGCCAACUGCAAGCGCGUCGACACGCCGGUCUCCGGGGGGAGUACGGGCUUCCGUUGCAGCUGCCACGAGGGGUUCGUCGGGGACGGCUUCGCCGACGGCGCAGGUUGCGCGAGAGUACAAAAUUGCAGGUCUUUAAGCUCCAUUUCAAGCGAUUGCUGGAGCGGCUCCAAAGUUGGAGCUUUUCUUGGAGGCGUCCUUGCCGCAGUCUCUCUGAUGCUUGGCGUGGCAUUCUUCCGCGAGUACAUCCGACGCCUGUCCACCGCCUCCAGAGGGAAGCAAAUCACCCGACGCCUUCUCUCUCAAACAUCCUGCACCGUCGCCACCUUCUCCCUCAAGAACGUCGAACGCGCCACCAGCAACUUCGCCGGCACCUCCGUGCUCGGCGCCGGCGCCUACUCCACCGUGUACGUCGGAAAACUAUCCAACGCCGGCCUCGUCGCCAUCAAAAGGCUCAAACACGACGACGUCGACCUCAUCAUAAACGAGAUCAAGCUCGUCUCCUCCGUCAGCCACCCCAACGUCGUCCGCCUGCUGGGCUGCUGCUUCGAGAGCGGCGAGCACAUCCUGGUGUAUGAGUUCAUGCCCAACGGCACUCUCUCCCAGCACCUCCGCCGGAAGCGAGGCGACGGCUUGUCGUGGCACGCUCGCGUCUCCAUCGCGGCCGACGUCGCCACGGCCGUCGCGUACCUCCACACAGCCGUGCAACCGCCGAUCUACCACCGUGACGUCAAAUCCAGCAACAUUUUGUUGGAUUACGACCUGAGACCGAAGCUGGCGGACUUCGGGCUCGCGACGCCCGCCAUGGUGGAGUCAUCCAACGCCUCGACUGUGCCGCAGGGGACGCUGGGGUACGUCGACCCGCAGUGUCACUGUAACUUCCACCUCUCGGAUAAGUGCGACGUGUACAGCUUCGGGGUGGUCCUGGUGGAGAUGAUAACGGCCAUGAAGGUGGUGGACUUUGGUCGAGCAACGAGCGAAGUGAACCUGGCGACGCUGGCGACGGACAGGAUAGGGAAGGGGAUGGUGGAGGACAUCGUGGACCCGUUCAUCAAAGGUGACUGGGAUGAUCGGACGAGGGCUUCGGUGCAGGAGGUGGCGGAGGUGGCGUUCCGGUGCCUCGCCUUCUACAGAGAGGCGAGACCGUCGAUGGCGGAGGUGGCAGAAGAGCUGGAGAGGAUUAGGAUCGAGGACCGUCGGUCGGCCGUGGAGAAAGCAACGAUAGUGUUGGAACAUUAA